AUGUCGAUCUGCAAAUUCCAUGAGUCGGGCAAUCUAUAUGCAUCUAUACGCAUUGGAGAGGUAUUUCUUGCAUGCUCCGCAGUCGUUUUCUUUCCUAAGGAUGUUCUUGUUGCUGUAUUUCAGGAUUCGAGUGCCGGAUACCGCCAGCCCUACGCCUCCACACUUCCUAUCCCGACCCCCACCUCUGCCCUUCCGAACCAGCCGACUGUUCAACAGCGUCAGCAUCAUCAUCAACAGCACCAGCCUUCCAACAAGCAAAACGACCAGGAACUAACGGUGGAGGACUUGCGGUCCAUCGUCAAUCGUCAGUUGACGAACAUAGAGGCUCAAAAGAAGGACAUUUUGAAGAAGACCCAGCGGAUCAACGAGCUGCGCUCCAAGUUGAAGCCCAUCCUCGCCAUGCCAGCUAGCCGCACCACCCACUCCGCGACGGACUCACUUCCACCCAUGUAUAAGGUUCCCGAGACUGUCCUUCCCUGGUCAGGCUUCGAAAUGACUCGUGAGGACGAAGUCAAUCUGAAUAAGCUGCGGCAACUUCGCGGUCAUACGGAGCAACUAAGGCUUGAAAAUGAAGCCCUCGGUAAUUCACUUUUGGUCUUAUACAAUUGUGUUUUGUUUCUGGUUGGAAGGGACAAGGUUGAUAUGUGA